GCGGGCACUGCAGUGCUGUGAGCACUGCGCCUGUGCUGGCACACGGAGUUCUUGCUCCUGUAGCUGGCACAAGCCACGGGCAGCAAUGCUGCUGUUCUGCUUCCUCGUGCUGCUGGCCGCGUUCAGGCCUGCGCAGGGUGUGUGGAACACCUGCGAAGGGAGCUGUGGGCUCCGGCCCUUGACUUCUGAUGAUGAGCGAGGCAUGACACGCGUCGUGGGUGGCAAAAGUGCUGAGUCCGGGGCCUGGCCUUGGCUCGUCAGCAUCCAAGAUCCCUCGGUUUCAGGCACGGGGCAUCUGUGUGGAGGGUCCCUCAUCAGCACACAGUGGGUCCUCACAGCAGCCCACUGCUUUACUGAGUCCAGGAACCUCAGCGACAUGCGCGUGCUGAUCGGGGCCACGAAGCUGACCAAGCCGGGCCCUGGGGCCGAGGUGCGCCUGAUUAAGCGGCUGCUGAUUCACAAGGAUUACAGUCCUGCCGACCAGAGCAACGACAUCGCGCUGCUGGAGCUCAACCAGCCUGUCCAGUGCAGCUCCUACAUCCAGCUGGUCUGCGUGCCCAACGCCACGCUGAACGUGGCACAGCUGGAAAACUGCUAUGUCGCUGGCUGGGGUGCCACCACUGCAAGAUCUCAACAAUCGAGUGAUGUCCUGCAGGAGGCCAAGGUCCACCUUAUCAAUGUUGAGGUCUGCAACAGCAGUGAGUGGUACCAGGGGGAUGUCCAUACCCACAACUUGUGUGCUGGCUACCCGGAGGGUGGCAUCGAUACCUGCCAGGGUGACAGUGGGGGUCCACUCAUGUGCCGAGACAACAGUGCUGACUUCUUCUGGGUUGUUGGAGUGACCAGCUGGGGAAGAGGCUGCGCCAGAGCAAAACGGCCUGGAAUAUACACUUCUGUUCAGCACUUCUAUGACUGGAUUCUGGUCCAGAUGGAUCUGCUUCCACAAGUAGAGGCUUCUCGGUCAUGGAGUAUUUAUCCAACUGCCUCACAACCAUGGACUCAUCAUACAAAUGCCCCAUGGCCCACUCAGAAGCCAUGGCCAAGACCACCUCCCACUUAUAAGCCAUGGCCAACAACAACACUGCCCCCUCCAAAGCCAUGGCCAACAACACUGCCCCCUACAAAGCCAUGGCCAACAACACUGCCUGCUCCAAAGCCAUGGCCACCAACACUGCCCCCUACAAAGCCAUGGCCAACAACAGCGCCUGCUCCAAAGCCAUGGCCACCAACACUGCCCCCUACAAAGCCAUGGCCAACAACAGCGCCUGCUCCAAAGCCAUGGCCACCAACACUGCCCCCUACAAAGCCAUGGCCAACAACAGCGCCUGCUCCAAAGCCAUGGCCACCAACACUGCCCCCUACAAAGCCAUGGCCAACAACAGCGCCUGCUCCAAAGCCAUGGCCACCAACACUGCCCCCUACAAAGCCAUGGCCAACAACAGCGCCUGCUCCAAAGCCAUGGCCACCAACACUGCCCCCUACAAAGCCAUGGCCAACAACAGCGCCUGCUCCAAAGCCAUGGCCAACAACACUGCCCCCUCCAAAGCCAAGUGUGAUUCCUGCACCAGUGGAAGAGAUUAAGACCUGCCCAUUUCCACUCAAGAAGCUGAUGGAAUUCUUCACUAAGAUACGGGAGCUCCUGAAGAACCUACAGGGAAUUGCAGUUUGAGCGGGAGAAUGGACAGGAUCCAGUGCAGGUUGCAUGGGACCGUGACUGUUUCCUGCUGAGGCAAUGCCUGCUGAUCCAAAGGCCGCCUCAGUGCCGAAGGCUUCCUCUGUCUUGCCCACAUUGCUCCUCUACAUGUAUGCAAGUGCUAAUGUUGACUUAGUUGGUGAAAUAAAGUUGCCUAUGUUUGUAGUUAA